AUGCAGCCGCCGCGGCGUGAAUCGGUGCAGGCGGGCACGGGCACGGACACAGGCACAUGUCCACGACCAGGCGGGCUUCAGUCGCGCGACGAUGAGCAUGACGUCGACGACGACAACAAGGAAAGCGAGGACGCGAGUGAGCCGCAGGACGGCGACGAGAUUGCCAACGACAGCUUCUUCCAGCGCUUCCACCUCGCCCACGCCGAGAGUCACGACGACCAGAGUCACGACGACCAGAGUCACGACGACCAGAGUCACGAUGACCAGAGUCACGAUGACCACCAGAAUCACGACCACCAGAAUCACGACAACCACCAAAGUGAUGACAACCACGACGACGACAACCACGACGACCACCAAAGUGAUGACAACCACGACGACCACAACCACGACGACCACCAAAGUGAUGACAACCACCAAAGUCACGACAACCUCCAAAGUCACGACAACCACGACGACAACCACAACGUCCUCGAUGCCUCCACCGCAGGCUCGGCCUCGGCCUCGUCCACCACCGACACCACGCCCGCCCUGCAGCACCUCACCUUUGCCGUCCUGGGCGCCCGCGGCGUGGGCAAGACGACCUUCAUCCGCCGCGCCCUCGACCUGCCGGACGCGACCGCCCCCGCCGCCUGCACCCGCAAGUGGUCCAUCGACGGCACCCCCUAUCUCGUGCGCUUCCUCGAAAUGUCCGUCACCGACGUCCACCUCGCCGACCGCCACCACCUCGCCUGGCCCGAGACCGUCCACGACAUGGCCACCCCGCGCAUCGACGCCGCCAUCGUCCUCUACGACGUCACCGCCCAGCACAGCCUGGCCCGCGUCCCGGACAUGCUGGCCAUGCUCGCCAACGCCCACCUGCCCUUUGCCCUCGCCGCCUGCAAAUGCGACCAGCACCCCGCCCACCGCGAGGUCGACCCCGCCGUCGUCGAGCAAAAGGCCACCUCCUUCCUCGGGCCCCUCAGCGUCUUCUCCACCUCCGAGUCCGCCCCCGACACCCACCGCGCCUGCCUGUCCGUCGUCCUGCGCGCCGCCAUCGCCGCCACCGCCGCCACCGCCGCCACCGCCCCCGCCAACCGCCCCCGCUCCCACGCCUCGUCCCGCCGCCGCGCCAAAUCCUCCGCCGUCCUGUCCAUGACCCAAAAGGACCUGUGGGCCAAGAAGCACGAGCGCGCCAGCUCAGAGCUCUCCUCGCACUACCCCCGCAACCCCUCGCUGGGCGCCCCCGCCCACCGCUACAAGCCCAGCGAUGCCAACAAGACCUUCUUCAACGACGAGUCCCCCACCUACGACUCGGACGCCUCCGACGCCUCCGACGCCUCCGACGCCUCCGACGCCUCCGACACGGCCCGCAGCAUCCUGACCGUCCAGCCGUCCGACGACAACGGCUACACGUUCGACCAGCUCGUCGACCGCCUGCUCGCCCAGCCCAUGUCCAAGUCCGACUCCACCUUCGUCGCCGUAUUCCUGGCCCUGUACCGCCGCUUCGCCACCCCGAGCCAGCUGCUCGAGGCCAUCCUCAAGCGCUUCGACGCCCUGGCCAAGAACAGAGACAUGCCCAUGAUCCGCGUCAUCGCCCAGCUGCGCUAUCUCGCCGUCCUGCACCAGUGGGUCGCCUACUACCCCGGCGACUUUGCCUUCCCCACCACCCGCAAGCUGGUCCGCAUGUUUGCACUCGCCAUCGCUGCCAACCGCGAGUUCUCCGUCGCCGCCAUGGAGAUCAUCCGCGACCUCGACGUGGUCGCCGACGACGACGACACCGACUGGGCCUGCAGCGACCGCCAGCGCGCCCAGAACGACCAGCUGCCCGCCUUCUACAACACCGUCCUCGACGAGGACUCGGAAGACGACGAGUUUGCCCGAGCCAUCGGCCACAUGGCCUUGGGCUCCGCCCGCCUGUCCGUCGCCCGCAGCACCACCACGGCAGCCUCCCGCUCCACCGCCGGCUCCCUCACCAUCGUCACCCAAGUCGAGCGCAACGAGCGACUCGCCCGCCAGCUCGAGCCCAACCCCAUCAAGCCCCUCUCCAAGGUGCAGUGGCACCAGCUCAUGGCCCAGGACGACGAGCUCAUCGCCCGAGAGCUUACCCGCAUCGACUGGAUCAUGUUCUCCUCGGUCCGGCCCCGCGAUCUCAUCCGCGACGUCAGCCUCUCCACCGAGGCGCGCAAGCACUGCAAGCAGCUCGACAACGUCACCCGCAUGACGGCCCACUUCAACCACAUCGCCUUUCUCGUCACAAACUACAUCCUCCUGCGCGACAAGCCCAAGCACCGCGCGCUCAUGCUCGAGAAGUGGAUGCGCGUCGCCCGCCAGGUCCGCAAGCUCAACAAUUACAACUCGCUCACCGCCAUCAUCGCCGGCAUCAAGGCCACCGCCGUCCACAGGCUCAUCGCCACGCGCGAUCUCGUCCCCCAGCCCGUCACCCACGACUUUCUGAAGCUCGACAUACUCAUGGGCUCGCAGAAAUCGCACUUUGCCUACCGCCUCGCCUGGGAGAACAGCUCGGGCGAGCGCAUACCCUACAUUCCUCUCUACCGCCGCGAUCUCGUCUCCGCCUCGCAGGGCUCGUCCACUUUUGUCGGCGUCAAGGCCGCUGCCCCCACCUUCUCGCCGCACCCGGGCACGAGCGUCUUCGCGGCCGCUGCCGGCUCCCGGGAAAGCAAGGAGGCGCCGCUGGGCGGCGUCGUCGGCAAGGAGCGCAUCAACUGGCGCAAGUUCGAAAUCAUGGGCGACGUCGUCGUCGGCAUCCAGCGCGCCCAGGGCACCCCCUACCCCGCGUGGAGCAAGGUCGAGGACGUGCGCAAUCUCAUCCUGGACGUCAAGAUCUCGAAAGACGAUGAGGAACUCUACGACCGCAGCACCCAUCUGGAGGCCACCGGGGCGAACGAAAAGGGGCGCUUCGCCAAGUGGCUCGAGAAGCGGUAG